ACGAAAUCAACCCGAGCCUCAUAUAUCCAAAACUUCCCAAAGCCGACAGUAGUUCCCCCACGAUUCUGGCAACAAAGUGCACUAUCCACUAAUAUUAAACCCUUUCUAUACACGUUUCACCCCCGCACAUCUGGACUUCACAAAUGGAAAAUAAUCCGCGCACUGAAACUCGCAAAACCACCGAAAAUUCACAUGUGCAGCUUGGAGCUUCGUCUGAAUGCUCUGUUGCAGACGUGCCACGUAAAAUUCUCGCUUCAAGUUGCCCAGAAUUCACAAUGUCUUCAAAUUUCAGGGAAAGUGGUAAAAGUAGUGAUAUAACUUGUGCAAAGCACAGUACUACAACUCGAGUAUCACAAAAGACCUCAUCGCCCUUGAAAUCUCACCCGCGUCAGUGUUCUUCAGUAGUUUCAGUACAUUCUCCUCGUAGGGAUAGGACAAUACAGAAAAAGUCGGUGGGAACAGCCCCAAUCAUCACGAGGUCUCCCAUAGAUCAUUCAACUGCAUUCAAUGAGCAGCGUGGUGAUAUUUUCCUGUUCCACCCACGAUCCUCGUCCACAUCCAACACUGCAAGAGCUCAAAAAUUGAGAUCAAUCUUGAUUAUGAAUUCCGGGAAAGAUGUGAGUGAAGAUAAUGACAGGUCUAAGAAUUGUGAAACUCAUAAUGAAUCCAGUCGCUCCGCAUUCCGGGGAGUCUUCAAUUCGGAAGCGCCCUCUACUUCUCGAGCUACAAAACCUCCAUCUGAGCGAAAUGCAACGGAAUCGAAAAGGUCGUCAAAUGGCCGGGAUUUGGAUACUUAUGCCGGUAGCAAUUGUUCCGAUAGCGACGCAGGUUCUUCUGUAGACUGGACGACGAGCGGAAGGAAUCGAGUUGAGCUCAUUGCCGGAACUUCCGUUUAUGUUGAUCGCGCUGAAUUGCGAGACAUGAAAGAUCGCUGGUUGAAGAAACCUAAAGAGCUUGUUCGCUGGCUCCUCAAACACAUGAUUGGUAAAAAAAAAUUGCUGAAGAUGACAAGGACAGGGUCUAGGAAUCGGGAAGCAAUUCCAAGGACAAUUUUGCGAGUGAUAAAAAAGUUCAUGCGUAAAGAAGUCCCGCGUCAGCUGGUUCUAUCGACUUUCGAUUAUAAUGAAUGCAUUACAAAAUUUUGUGACAAUUUGCGGCAAUCGGAGAAAAAACGUUAAAUCGUGCUUCAUGUUUUCCUUUCUCCUGUAAAUUCCUGUAGUUUUUUUUUUU